GUAAACUGUAGUGCACUCACUCCUCCUGCGAAUGGUACCGUGUCUCCACGUUCGUGUUUAUCAAGAAGCACUUACAGCCAGAUCUGUAGUUUUUCCUGCAAUACACCAGGCUACGUUCUUGAGGGCACUUCAGCAAGGGUAUGUGACAGGAACGGAGAGUGGACUGGGAGCAAGAACACGUUUUGUCGAGGUAUCGAGUACUUUCUCCUUUAAGUGUUACACUAUAAAAACUUGCCUGUAUUUAUUUUGCCAUGAUUUAUCUCUAUAGUAAGUGAGAUUAAAAGUCGAUGUUCGUAAAGCGUUUAUAUAAUCAAAAAGGACCUAUCCCAUCUAAUCAAAAUAUCUACAGANAGAAUUAGCGACAGCUUUUACCAAACAAUCCCACAGUACAAUUCGACAUAGUACCGGCCCAGUCAUACCCGCAACUCCAAAACUGAUAGGCUAAUGAAGAAAUGUUUUUAUUUUCCUCCUAUUUAAUCGCAUAUUGCAGUGGUAAACUGUAGUGCACUCACUCCUCCUGCGAAUGGUACCGUGUCUCCACGUUCGUGUUUAUCAAGAAGCACUUACAGCCAGAUCUGUAGUUUUUCCUGCAAUACACCAGGCUACGUUCUUGAGGGCACUUCAGCAAGGGUAUGUGACAGGAACGGAGAGUGGACUGGGAGCAAGAACACGUUUUGUCGAGGUAUCGAGUACUUUCUCCUUUAAGUGUUACACUAUAAAAACUUGCCUGUAUUUAUUUUGCCAUGAUUUAUCUCUAUAGUAAGUGAGAUUAAAAGUCGAUGUUCGUAAAGCGUUUAUAUAAUCAAAAAGGACCUAUCCCAUCUAAUCAAAAUAUCUACAGACAACUAAACACAGUUUUUCUGUUGCAUUGACUCAAAUAAAUUAAGAAGAAUUAAAAGACAUGACAACAAAAUGAAUGAGAACGUAAAUUUCGUUUAAAAUUGUCCAUGUGCAUCCUUCUUCUUUUAUCUUAUUAUUAUAGUUACAUUUAACAAGAUCUUUGUCGAAACAAAAUCUGGUUGUUUUCAGACAAUACGCCUCCUUCUUUCAACGGCAGUUGUCCAAGAAACAUAGUGGUUUCUGUUCCUAAAUGUUCGCCCAGUACUGUGGUCUCAUGGAAUGAACCAAUAGCAAGCGAUAACUCUGGUCACAUGACCUUAAGUUACCCAGCAGUACGUCCUCCAGCCAAUCUAAGUAUUGGUCUGCACUAUGUUCACUAUUCUGCAGCAGACGCCGAGGGAAACAGAGCGAACUGCAGCUUUGUGGUGCAAGUCAUAAGUAAAUAUACCUAUCAAUAAUGCCAGUUAUAUAAAUUAUCGAGAUGUAGUUGCUUAACUUGCUUAUGACUCCUGUUUUACGCACAAAAAAGCACGCCACUCACACUGCUCCAUCAUGGAUGGAAAGAUAAAUUUUCCUACAGCAGGUCACUGGCACGCUCAAACAAAAUAUUUAAAAAUUUCAUAGUGUGUAAGUGAUCGCCUGGCAACAGCAAUAUCACCUUUUGGGGAAAUGUGGGGAGGGAAGACAGGGAGGCGGGAUAUCGUGAGAAUAUGAGCAGGGGGGAUAAGGGAAGGGAGAGAGGAAAAAGCGGAAGGGGGAUAAAUUACUCUACAAUCAUUAGUAUUUUGUAAUCUAUAAACGAGGGCAAGGGGGAGGAAGCCAAGAAUAAACGGGCAGGAGCUGGGAAUGUAAGGUACGAGAGGAGGGAGGUUUGGAUCCCCUUCCCACCCCUCCCCCACUGAAAUGAAUUCCAUUAAGGAAUUGUUCCAAUCCCAUAUUUAUCUCCUUAGAUAUGUCAACAGAACUUAAGUGUUCGAUCUUCUUAACACAUAGUGAUUGAUGGAGUGUCUUUAUAAAGUUCAAACUUGGUCAAAGAUCCUUUAAUGAAACACUCCAAAAGGCUGCUCUAGGGAACCUUAUACAACACUCAGUCGACAUCUUAUCAUUCCUCUCUGGACGAUGUUAGGUUCCAUGUCUUUGCUACAUACAUCAGGAAAGUACCUACUUCAUGCGUAAGUAAGUUAUAUGUUUAAAGUAUUUUGUUUUUAUUUCCGCAGAAAGGUCGUGCCCUGUCCUUCAACCCCCAGUCUAUGGCGCCAUAACUUCUCUUUCAUGUGGAUCCGCCUACGGUUCUCAGGCUGUUAUCGCUUGUAACGAGGGACAUCGACUGAUUGGGUCACGAGUGCGGUCAUGUGAAGCAAAUGGGACAUGGUCAGGCAAUAUAACUACUUGCAAAAGUAAGAAAACACAGCAUCUGACCUAUAACAACCUCUCCUCGUGGCGCGCGGGGUGUGAUGGGAAGGUGGAAAGCGAGGGAGAGAGUCUUCCCCUCUUCUCCCUUCCCAUCAACCCCUGUUCCCGUCGCGCGCGUCACGCGUAGGCGACUGGGGAUAAGUCACACACUGCAUAUCCUUUGCUAUAAAAACAACUCAUUCUUUACUUUGUCAACUGACAAUGAUUCAGCUUUGAGCCCAAUUCCUUUGUUGAUGCAUUAUUUUACGCUGAUGAUAAGGCGCCGUGACGCAAGUUGAUCUUUUUGUAAAGGCAUUUGAACAGAAGCAGCAAUUUUUUAUUUAUUUAUUUAUUUUUUAUUGUCAGUGAGUAUUCCAAGCGUUUAGACGAACCAUCAAAUAAGGUUUUUUUCCAGCCCAUCUCCUCCUGGCCACGCUGAGAAUGGGUGGAGUAAACUGAUCUAAAACACCCAGUCACAAUUAAAUCAGUUUGUGAUAGUACUCCUGAAACCGAUGCUUUCUUCCUGAUUGUUCAUGUUAUAUUCUCGCCAGCCCAUCUUUUUUUUCAUACAGAAACUAAAAUUAAUGAAUAAAAUUAAGAAACACUUCUUUAGUCGAAUUCCCCUCUUUACUUAGUCAGCUUCUUUCGUGUUACAAUAAACGGUCCAACAAACGCCAAACAGCCUGGUAAUGUUGUAUACAGUGAUUAAAAAAUUAUUUCUUGGAAUUAUUUUUUAUUCAGUUGUUAAGUGCCCAUCUAUCAAAGCUCUCGCCAACGGAAAAAUCAGCCCCGCUCCCUGCACUCGUUCUGGGGGAGUAAGUUAUAAGACACAGUGUAUUCUACAAUGUGAUGUCUUAAAUGGUUAUGGACUUGAUGGUCCCACGCAAGUAUCUUGCCUGGCAAAUGGCUCCUGGAGUGGAAACAUUAGCAAUAUUAGCUGUAAA